AGACAAACGAAGUACACAACCAAGUACUUCCGGUUAACCUCCGCUCCGGAUAUGCCUCACUUGAAUCUGACCACUAUUGAAAAGCUCUAAACUUGAUAACUCAUCUUCUUAUCUCUAAAAGUACUGUUACCAUAUUCAAAAAGAAGCAGCAUACAGUUAAUAAUCCAACGGUGUCAAUAAUAAAAUGUCGAGAAGACGGCACAGUGACGGAGAUGAUGGUAAGUGGUCGUUAGCUAGCUAAUUCGAGGCUAAAGUAGUUAGCUAACGUUCGCUGAAGCCAGCGUGAGUUGAUGCUGCUCGGUCUGACUGUAGUCAAUGUGCAGCAUGCUAAGUUAGCCAAAUAGUUAGCUAGUUACCUUGUGUACUAGCUAAAUCUCCAUAGUCAGUUCAAUUAGCUAACGUAAGGAGUUAUUUGACUAUCGGUUCAUACAUCAAUGUGAAACACCAAACCAGGUAUUUUGCAAGUCAUUGGCAGUUUUCCAACACCCCAUGAUUAACUAGCCUGAUGGGUUAACAUAGCCUUGCCGGUUAGCUAGAAAUUGGCUAACUAGUUAGCUACCUAGCUACCCGUCGUUCAUCGUAUGCAGCAAAAUCACAGCCAUAUACUACCAGUGGCAAGUGGUAGUGUAGCGGUUAAGCUUGUUGGGCUAAUAACCGAAAGGUCGCUGGUUCGAAUCCCCGAGUUGCCUAGGUGAAACAUCGGUCGAUGUGCCCUUGAGCAACACCCUUAACCUGAUCCCUGGCCGUGACCCCACUCUUCGAGGGUGUCUCGGGGGGAGUGGGAUAUGCAAAAAAAAAACACAUUUACAAUUUGAAAUGGGACAAAUGUAAGCCCCCACCUAAUUUAUUUAUUUAUUAUUGUUAUUAUUAUAUAUUUGUCCUACAAAUAAUUGAUCUAUUGUGUUGUUGUUAACCACUGUAACCUUAAAGCGCUAGUCAGUAGUUGAAACAAUAAGAGUUUCCCCCGCCCCUGUUUCGAUCAAACGCCCCUGUUUCGAUCAAACGCUGAGAGAUGGGGCUGGAGAAAUGUAACCACUCUCAAAUUCAUAGACAUAGCUAAGGAUGCAAGGACCAUCCAUGAUAUCAGCAUUUUAGUUUGUUUACAUUUUGUUUGUUUACAAACAUUGGAGUAAAACAAGCUUGUAUUUUGGGUUCUGAUGGGUUAUGACAGUUGAACUAAGCUCAUGAGGCAUUUAUAAGUUAUAUUCGUCAAGAAUCAAUGGGUACGUAUCAUUAAUUUAUAAGUCCACAAAUGGAUGUAGCAACUGCAGAUUGCCCCUUUUAACUACAUGUUAUUUUGGGGCACAUUUCAGACCCUGGGGGUGCCGGCAACCAGUGAUGUCAAAAAGUUGCCUCGCUAGCAGGCUUGUAGCCUCUGCCAUUUACCCCACAAUGGAUCUGCAAAAUAAUUAUUUGUGAAGUUAACUAGUAGCCAGGGGGAACGGCAUGUGGUCCGGGAGCUUGCUAGGAACGGGUGACGGUGGAUGUGGUUGGAAGAGCGCGCUUGUUUGAAAUGGGAAAGCGUCGCGGUAUCUUGAUAAAGAAGAACAUCAAGACGAAGCAGCUGCUUUACAAGUGGGAUGCGCUGUUGAGGGCAACAUCCCGAGGGGUUCGUGCUGAUUGUAUGGAGAUUGUGACAGCCAGUUAAAUGGCGUCCCUUGAGAAGGCAAGAACAAGAUGUAUGUCAGGAGAAGUGCAGUAUUAUCAUAAGGAGACGUAGACUUGGAAUACGGAGGACGAAUUGAGGGAAAAAGAGAGGCAGAGGAGGUCUAAGAGAGAGAGGGAGGAAGAGGGUGAGCUUGAGUCGGUUAAAAAUGGUGGGGGAAAAGGAGAUGGUUUGUUAAAGAAGAAUGGUAGAAAGUGUAAGCAGUGAGCUGAAGACAGGAGGAGAAAUGGAAGUGAAUGAGGGCGAAGUAUCGGAGGUGGUAGGUGUGGUAAAGUUCUCGGAGCCCGAGGCUUGCACCGAGGGUCAGGAUAAAGAUGAGUCUGUGACAGUAGAAGUGAAGUCUUUGGAAAAAGUGGACCCUUGCCUUUUGGCUGAUCCAUUUGUGGUUUCAGGGUGGGUGAAAACAGAGUUGGGUGCUGUGGAAUCGGGGAGGGUAACCAGAAGUGGUCUUGUGAUAAUUAUUUGUGUUUCUGCUGGUUAGAGGGAGCAGGCGCUCCGCAUUAUACGAAUGGGGGCAAGAGAUGUGAAUUGUUUUGCUCUCAAGAAAAGGGUGCCAUUGAAAGGAGUGAUUACUGGGGUAGCGGUAAAUGUGAAAGCUGACCAACUGAAGGGGAAGAUUCCCGGUGUUUGUGAUGCUCGUCGUUUGGUGCGACGCAGACAGGGUGGCGUGACUGGUGAAACAGAAGAGUCAUUGUCUGUUCUUUUGAGUUAUCCUGUACAAGCUUUUGUGCCGAAUACAUUACGUUGUUACAGGUGUCAAGCUUAUGGGCAUGUGGCAGCAGUGUGUAGGGGGGAGGUUCCUAGGUGUGAGAAGUGUGCAGAAGGGCAUGAGACAUUGGGGAAAGUAGUGGUAUGUAUUAAUUGUAGGGGUGCCCAUGGGGCUGGGGAUCAGAAAUGUCCAGUGCGAGAGAGGCAGGUUGAGGUUUCCAGUUAGAGUAGUGCAGAAGUUGUUCAAUGCUGAGGCAGUGAAGAAAGUAGAGGAAUAUGGGUCAAGGGGGAGGGAUCCUGAGAGGAGUGGUGUGAGUAGUAGAUCUGUACCAGUACAGAGGGAUAAACCAACAAGUGAUAUGUUUCAGUAAGAUUUGAUUUUUAUCAACUGUACUGCAGGGAUGGAACGUAAGUCGCAGAAAAUUGAGGUUGUGGUGGCAGCUGCAGAGAGGUAUUUGGGUGUGCGAGACUUGACAUCAGAAGAGUUACAGGGUGUGUUAAGUGGUGGCGUCCCAUCCUUUCGUUAGCCUGAAGUAGGACUAAAUAGAUUUAAAUAGUGGAGUAUGGUGUUUUUUAUUUUUGUGAGAUUAUUGUUAGAUGGUAGGGUAUUAUUUGUAAUUUAAAAAAUGUAAGCAAAGUAUAAGGGAGUUAUACUCCAGUGUAGUAGGUGACGGUAAUGCAAGAUUUAUUGGAUGUCAACUGCCGUUAAACCUCAUAGAAGAAGAACUAGUAGCCAGUUACACUACUGUAGGAUAAUGUUUUUAAACAGAGAAGAAUUUCCUCUAUCAGUGAGUUAGCACAAAAUAUUCAAUUGAAGGAAGGAUUCAUCUCAGGCAAUCUCUUCCAUCUCACCAUCAUGUAUCCAUCUCAUUCUAGGUGGCCAGUCUCACAAAAGAAGGAGAACGUCUGAGCCAGUUGAGAUUGAGGAUCGCCUGGAAUCACUAAUAUGUCGAGUGGGAGAAAAGGUAAUAGGGCUUUGCAGUAAGUGUGGGUAUGUUUUCUGGAUGAUACCCAUGUGUGCAUUUUGUCACUAUACUGUUUGUCUGAUUUGACCCCUGAAAUCAGCAGAUGCUGUUUUCCAAUAAUUUCUUCAUUCAUUUGCAGAGUACCUCUUCCCUGGAAAGUAACUUGGAAGGUCUCGCAGGUGUAUUGGAAGCGGACCUCCCCAAUUACAAAAACAAAAUCCUGCGCAUCUUGUGUGCUGUGUAAGCUAUUCCAAGUUAUUCUAAUGCAUUUUAAACACUUUUAGUGCAGUCGUAGGUGCAGUACAAAAAGGUUCCAUGUUAUAAUUGUGUGUCUUGUUUUGACAGGGCUCGACUUCUACCCGAGAAACUGACUGUUUACACAACACUAGUGGGCCUUCUCAAUGCCAGGAACUACAACUUUGGCGGGGAGUUUGUGGAGGCCAUGAUCAGACAACUCAAAGAGACCUUGAAGGCCAACCUGUACACCGAAGCUCUUUACCUGGUAAGUGUUUGGUGCGAUGAAAUAAUUGGUUCACCAGGCAAAUUUAGCAAGGGUCUCUCAAAACAAUUACAGAUGCAUUACAAUAAUGUUUGACACACUUUUCUCUCCAGGUGCGCUUCCUCUGUGACCUGGUGAACUGCCACGUGAUCGCUGCCCCCUCCAUGGUGGCCAUGUUUGAGAACUUUGUUAGCGUCACUCAGGAGGAGGAUGUGCCACAGGUUACAUGUUAUUGAUAUAUUUUAAACUCAUGAAUUGUAUGCAAGUACGCUCUGUGGCCAGUUUAUUAGGUACGGCCAUCUACUACUGGGUCGUACGCCCUUUUGCCUCCACAACAGCUGGGGCAUUUAAACAUAGCUCAGUUGGUAUCAAGGGAUCUAAUGUGUGCCAGGAAAACAUUCCCCAUACCAUUACACCACCGCCACCAGCCUGUACCGUUUACACUAGGCAGGAUGGGACCAUGAACUCCUGCUGCUUAUGCCAAAUGCUGAGACUGCCAUCAGCAUGACGCAACAGGAACCGGGAUUCGUCGGAGCAGGCGAUGUUUUAUCCACUCCUCAAUUGUCUAGUGUUGGUGAUCGUGUGCCCACUGGAGCCGCUUCUUCUUGUUUUUAGCUGAUAGGAGUGGAACACAGUGUGAUCGUCGUCUGCAAUAGCCCAUCCGUGACAAGGACCGACAAGUUGUGCGCUCUGAGAUGCCUUUCUGAACACCACUGUUUUACUGCAGCUGUUAGCUUGCACGAUUCUUGCCAUUCAACGAGCUGUGUUCACCCACAGGGCUGCCGCUGACUGGAUGUUUUUUGUUUGUCGCACAAUUUUCGGUAAACCCUUGAUACUGUUGUGUGUGAAAAGCCCAGGAGGCUGGCUGUAUCUGAGAUACUGGAACCGGUGCACCUGGCACAGACGAUCAUACCAUGCUCAAAGUCACUUAGGUUACUCAUUUUGCCCAUUCUAAAGUUCAUUUGAACAGUAACUGGAUGCCUCUAUGCAUGCUUCAUAUAGCAAGCCAUGACCAUGUGACACACUGUCUGUAGGAGCGAACCAUUUCGUGAACGGGGUGGUGUACCUAAUAAUCUGGCCACUGAGUGUAUAUACAGUUUAGUUUGACUAUUGGUGCAUUUUGACUGUUUCUCUCUUUCCAGGUGCGUUCCGACUGGUUUGUCUAUGCUGUACUCUCCAGUCUCCCCUGGGUUGGGAAGGAGCUUUAUGAGAAGAAGGACGCGGAGAUGGACCGGCUCCUAAACCAGAUUGACGGUUAUCUCAAGUACACUUUCUUUCUGUCUUCUACUAUAGUUUGGUAUUUACAUAUCUUUACAUUUUUGUCAUUUAGCAGAUGCUCUUAUCCAGAGAAACUUACAGUAGUGUCUUUCUGGCUCUUUUGUUGAGGAACUGUGCAUGACGUAAUGCAAUUUAAAUUAAUGCGUAUUUUGAGGGAGACGACUUUGUCAACUGCAUUCAAUAGUGGUGAGACGCUCAUGGUGACACCGAUCUAUUGUUUUUCAGGAGGCGACUGAAGACUCAUGUCCCCAUGCUUCAGGUUUGGACGGCAGAGAAGCCACACCCACAAGAGGAGGUAAGUUGUUUUUAUUUAUUGUGUUUUUAUUUGUAUUUGUCUGACCAAGUAUUGAUUCAGUGUUAUUUUAAGAUCCUAUUCUGGAUUUUCUAUUUCUUACCUUUGAUAUUGAACACUGCAUUGUUGAGGAAGAGCUUGUAAGUAAGCAUUCUAUCCCGUGCAAGAGACAAAUACACUUUGAUUUGAAGUAGGAGAUACCAGUUUUGAGAAGUGUUAUAUUCAUUCACCACCUCCUCUCUCUCCCUCAGUAUCUGGACUGUCUGUUCGCUCAGAUCCAGAAGCUGAAGAAGGACCGCUGGCAGGAGCGCCACAUCCUGCGGCCAUACAUCGCCUUUGACAGCGUGCUGUGCGAGGCCCUGCAGCACAACCUGCCACCCUUCACCCCGCCCGCCCACAUGCCCGACUGCCAGUACCCCAUGCCCCGCGUCAUCUUCCGCAUGUUCGACUACACCGAUGCCCCCGAGGUACCGUGUAGCACUCCCUCUCUCAGACCAGUCAGAAUACAGAGAAAGAGGAACGUUUGGGAAUAGGGUUGCCAUUUGGAAUGCUCUGACUAGCCUUUCUCCCUCUCCCUGACUACAGGGUCCUGUCAUGCCAGGCAGCCAUUCUGUGGAGAGGUUUGUGAUUGAGGAUAACCUUCACAACAUCAUCAAGUCCCACUGGAAAGAAAGGAAGACCUGGUGAGCUGUUGUACAUUCUAAUGGACUUGUUUAUGUGUCCUCUUGUUGUGAGAGUGAGUCAUUUCUGACUUGUGAUUGAGCAAAUGUGACUAAACACUUCUUAUAUCAGUGCUGCACAGUUGCUAAGCUAUCCAGGGAAAAACAAGAUCCCGCUCAACUAUCACAUUGUGGAGGUAAGCCCAUUACGACUUCAUAUCAAUGAGUUUUAUCAAUAGGGGAACAGGACCUUAGUUAACACUUCCAUUCCGCUUCGUCUUUCUUCUGCCAGGUGAUCUUUGGAGAGCUCUUCCAGCUGCCCUGUCCCCCCCACAUCGACGUCAUGUACACCACGCUGCUCAUCGAGCUCUGCAAGCUGCAGCCAGGCUCCCUGCCCCAAGUUGUAUCCUUCACCCCACUACUGGGACACAAUGUUUGACUACUUCAGAAAUUCAUUUUUCUUCUAUGCAAAACAUUUGAGUACGGGGAAACUAAGGUACACAAAAUACCAUGGGAAAAUACAGAAAUACGUUUUUCAGAGAUCCUACUUUUUUAAAUCAAAAACCAUAAUAGGUUUUUUAUCAGGCUUGGAUACUUGUUUUACAUCACAUCAAUAGUGAGAGUUAACCCCUUAACAGCCUCCUCCCAGUUGGCCCAAGCCACAGAGAUGAUGUACGUGAGGCUGGACACCAUGAACACUACUUGCAUAGACCGACUCCUCAACUGGUUCUCCCACCAUCUGAGCAACUUUCAGUUCCGAUGGAGCUGGGACGACUGGUAAGAUCAGCUGUCUUCCUCAACUGAAUUAUUUGAUGUAGUUGAAAUCACUCCUUAUUAUGGCUACGGCAAUGCUUAUCUGUUCACAUUCAUCUCCAAAGGGUGGACUGUUUGGCGCUGGAUGCAGACAAGCCCAAGCCCAAGUUUGUCAAGGAGGUUCUGGAGAAAUGCAUGAGGUAUUUCCAUUCAGAUCCACUACUCCUGUGUUGCACCCAGCUUGUUUUAGAUCAUACAUAGGGAGGGAUAGGUAUAGAGAUGGCUCUCCUUAGUCUGUCUCUAGAAAGUGACCAAUGAGCUUCUGCUCUUCACCUCCAGGCUCUCCUAUCAUCAGCGGAUAGUGGACAUCGUCCCUCCCACUUUCUCAGCCCUCAUCCCAGCUGACCCCAUCUUCUUUUACAAAUACCAAGAUGAGGCCAACAGUAAGUACACCGCCUCUCCAAGGGUUUAUUUAUUCAUGCAUUUAUUUCUGUAAGAUGCUGUCUCUGUUGGUUCAUCAUAGCCUGGGGACUAAGACGACUCAAAUGUGCUCGUCUUUUUUGAGCCUGGUUUAUAGAAAAGUAUUGGUCUGCCAUUUGGUUUCCUGUUGUAUUGUAGAAGUGGUGCCUUUUGAAUGUCAACCUCGAAGCCCCAGGGGUAUCACUGCACAUUAGUGUUGUUAUCCAAGUGAACUAAAUACGGUGUGCACAUUCUUCUUUUUCUGUUGAACUCUUUGACGUAAGCACCAUCAGAAAUACAACAUGAAUACACCACUGCCUUUGUCCAGGUGCGCUGCCAGGCUAUGCCGUGGCCAUAGCGGUGGGCAACGCCAUCAAGAACCGGGCCUCCAACGAGGAGAUCCUCACCGUGCUCAAAGACGUGCCAAACCCCAACCAGGAAGAUGACGACGGUCAGUUAGCCCCCUAACACACUCCUCUUCCGUGUUCCUAUAGGGAUAUGUUCUACUCAUUUCUCACUCACUCCUCCUUUGUCUGUUUCCAGAUGAGGGCGAGGGCUUCAACCCCCUGAAGAUAGAGGUGUUCCUGCAGACCCUCCUCCAUCUGGCUGCCAAGUCCUUCAGCCACUCCUUCAGUGCCCUGGCCAAGUGAGUGUGCCUGUUGUUCCAACCCACACCCUCCCUUCCUGUGCCCUCCUCUGUUGUGUGCCACAGAAAAGGGUGGCAUUGUUCAGUCUUGAGGCUUAGUGUAGCAUUGCUAUGAUACCAGGCAGUUGAAUGAACACACGUGUUGUGUCUGUGUGUACAACACCUAAAGUGUCCUGUUUCUAUCUCCCAGGUUCCAUGAGAUCCUGAAGGCCCUGACGGACUGUGACGAGGGCAAGCUGCAUAUCCUCCGGGUGGUCUACGAGGUCUGGAGGAACCACCCACAGGUUAGACCCACCUCAUCCACCUACACUAAAACACUCGUUUCCACAGAGUUAUAAGAAAGAUGUUUCUUUUUUACAACCAAAUCUCGAUUUUUGAUGUAAAUGGAAUGUUAUUGAAGAGUCCAGACACCUUUUUGGGGAUUUCACUUUUUAGAGAAACUUACCCCUAACAGCAAAUAACUUCCUCAUCCUCGUUGUGUAGUAUGGGGGCCAUGAAAAAACAUGAACAAAGUCUCCAAUAAACACCUCAAAUACGUCAUUUUAGAAAUGUCAAGCUCAGUUGAUGCAGGUCUUUAGAUGUUGUACACAUGAAAUUGUGUCAUUCCGAACUUUAUCCGCAACGUUAUAUUCCAUUUUGUUGCGGCUCGAGCAAUGUCUCUCCGUCCAUUUUACAGGUAACUGCCAAAAUAAAGGAAACACUUGAGUAAAUGAGGGAUACAAUGUAUAUUGAAAGCAUGGGGUGCUUCCACACAGGAAGUUCCAGACACUUGUAGAAGGCGCAUUGAAGUUGUUCUGGCUCGUGGUGGCCCAAUGCCCUAUUAAGUCACCAUGUUGUUGUUUCCUUUAUUUUGGCAUUUACCUGUAGCAGCAGGCUACAUGGAAAAUGGAACUGCUCGAGACUGCUCGAGUCGCGCAAAAGGGAAUAUAACAUUGAGGAUAAAGUUGGGAAUGACACAAUUUAAUGUGUACAAUACAAUACAACAUCUAAAGACCUGCACCACUAUACUGAGAGCUUUGCCCUUUUCUAAAAUGACGUUUUUGGGGAGGUUUAAGUUUUUUCAGGGCCCCCAUACUAAACAAUGAGGACGAGGAAGUGAUUUGCUGUUUGGGGUAAGUUUCUCUAAAACGUUAACGUCACAAAACAUACCAUUUACAUCAAAAAUAACUCAGUUGGUAGAGCAUGGCGCUUGCAACGCCAGGGUUGUGGGUUCGUUUCCCACGGGGGGCCGGUAUGAAAAUGUAUGCACUCACUAACUGUAAUUCGCUCUGGAUAAGAGCGUCUGCUAAAUGACUAAAAUGUAAAAAACAACUUCUCCUUUAAUAUAAUGUUGUGAAUUGUGCCGUGACCAUAGGUUGAAUGGAGAAAGGUGAGAGUCUGUGGUGUAACUCAGUGUGGUCGACCUGUCUGUCUGUGCAGAUGGUCUCUGUGCUGGUGGACAAGUUGAUCCGUACACAGAUUGUGGACUGUGCAGCCGUAGCCAACUGGCUCUUCUCCCCUAACAUGGCUCAUGAGUUUACCAGGUAGGCCUUAAACCCUCUGCAUGUGCACGUGCUCGCGUUUGCUGUGUCUUCCCUUGCUGUAAAUUAAAUAAUGCGGAUAUCUCGAUCAAGUAUGAAGUAUGUAUGCACUCACUAACUGUAAGUCGCUCUGGAUAAGAGCGUCUGCUAAAUGAAUAAAAUGUCAAAUGAAAAUGUAAGUAAAGUUUUCAGUUAUCCUAAUACAGUAUGACAUUUUUUUGUACUGUUUUGAAAUGAAUUAACUCAUGGAUAAUCCAUGCGUGGCCUUGUGGCUGGCAGGUUUUACGUGUGGGAGAUUCUGCACUCCACCAUCCGUAAGAUGAACAAACACGUCCAGAAGAUUCAGAAAGAGCUGGAGGAGGCCAAGGAUAAGCUGGAGAGGCAACAGCAUAAGAAGGUAAGCAGCAGGAGGGUGUCCUAGCAACCACUGCUGUAAGCAGAGCCUCUUAUAAAAUCUUUAAAGCCAAGAAUUAACCGACAAUAUUGCUCUGAAUAUUGUACUGAUUGUGCCAGUAGUUUUUUUUACCCAAGGUUUGCACAAAGCAGAAUGUUCCCUUCUUGAUUAUGUAGUGACCUUUUAGAUAGUGCCCUAGUUUUGCUGUCUAAACCCAACUAAUUGAAUUUGGACUUGAAUGGACAUACUGUCCCUUUCAAACAUAUUAAAACAUUUUUAUUAGUACAUGUCAGCGCUAUUACCAUAUUAAAGGCUAUUACCAUAUUAAAGGAACUAGAGGAGCCAAACAUACAAAAAACAAGCAAAUAGGACUCUCUCUCAUGUCUCUCUCUCCCUCAUCUCUCAGCAGAAGGACAGUGGAGACGAGGAAGACAUGGAGAAGAACAGUGAGGAUGAGGAUGGUCAGCUGGAGGAGCAGAUCGAGCGUCUGCAGGAGAAGGUGGAGUCGGCCCAGAGUGAGCAGAAGAACCUCUUCCUGGUCAUCUUCCAGGUACGGGUCUGGAUGGACAAUAAAGCUUUGUGAAUUUGAAUAGAUUAUGUCAGCAACAUGGUUGCCUGUAUUGUUCUCAACUGUUCAGCCCUUUCAGUGAUGACAUUCUGUAUGAUUACAGACCAAUUUCAACCUUUAAAUUCUACAAUUUUUUUUUCUCUAACUUCUAUUCCCUCUCUUCUGUCCCCGUAGCGCUUCAUCAUGAUGCUGACGGAGCACCUGGUGCGCUGCGAGACAGGCAGUGUGGACUUCAGCACGCCCUGGUACAAGAACUGCAUCGAGAGGCUGCAGCAAAUCUUCCUCAUGGUAGCAGCUACUCCUUCUUCAGUCUGUCAUGAGUCCUGUCAAUUCUAUUCCAUGUAAUUCAAGUUCAAUUGAUGUUAAUUUAGUUAUUUGUGUUUUCCUUCUGCAGCACCAUGUGACAAUCCACCAGUACAUGGGGACCCUGGAGAACCUGCUAUUCACCGCCGAGCUCGACCACCACAUCCUAGCUGUGUACCAGCAGUUCUGUGCCCUUCAGCUCUGAGCCCGUACACACCAUACUUUACAUACACAACACGCCAUACUACACACACAGCCAGCUCUUGCAUCAAGAUUUCCUCAUUAGACCUUUUUGUUAUUUCGACUUUGUGUAGUGAGUGCCGUUCAAGGUAUUAACUGUAAAAUACCAUACUUUUUAAGUAGUAACUUUGACAGAUGUUGCAAUCUGUAUUUUGGGUCCUUCGCCAUUUUUUUAUUUUUUUCCUCCAUUUUGUUGUUCAUUUUUACCACAUAUUACUCAUAUUCCUAUAGAGUACCACCGUAUGAGUCAUAAUACCCAUAAAA